CGUGCGGACUGUAUCUGACCCCGUGGACAGUUCGCGGGUUUAAGGUCUGAUUUUUGCUUCUGUCUUUGGUCUUUGUCGGUUCUUUUCACGGUCCGUCGCCGGGUCUUUCUCCGGGUCGUUCUCCGGAGCCUCUCGGGGCCUGUAGCUCUUGUCCCGGGCCGGUCCUGGAGCUGUUUGUCUGCGGUGGAACCUCUGUGUUUGGCCCCUGUGUUUGGCCCCUGUGUUUGUGUGACACCGGAAACUGCAGAAGGAAAAGACCAAACCAUUUAGUCCAGGAGCAAGACACAUCUGAACACUCCUGCGCAAAACCUGCACAAAACCUGCGCAGACUGCGCACGUUUGGACCUGACAUGAAGACCUCGUCUGAAAGACUGAGAAGACGGCCUCUGUCGAGUCCAUCCAGACCCCGGUCCAGGACCCAGUCCAGACCCAGCCCCAGAUCCAAAGUCCAAGAUCGGACCAACAAAACCCCGAGUAGAACCAAAGCCAAGAGCUGGACGACCAUGAACGAGAGUCCACCAUCAGACACCAUCAACCUGGACUCCAGCAAUGAGGAUGGACCAGCAGAGCCCGUCUUCCCCCCUGUCCUCAGUCCUGGUCUCAGUCCAGGUCCCGGUCCCGGUCCAGAUGUGGUGGAUUUGACCUCUCCGACGUGUGACCCUGCUGCGGUGGUGGACCUCACUAACGACACAGUGCUGGUUCUCGAUGAAGAGCAGACCCAGAGUUACGUGUUGAGCAGUGAUGAAGAGGAGCUUACGGUGACGGGCAGCACAACCACGUCCACUGCACCUGCUCGGAGGAGGGAGGGGUCAGCUGGUGUCCACAUCAGUUGUCCCGUCUGCAUGGACUCCUAUUUUGAGAUCGUGGACAGCGGCCGUCUCUUGGUGUCGACUCGAUGUGGACACGUUUUCUGCAGCAUUUGUUUAAGAGACUCCCUCAGCCAGAGCCAGAGCUGCCCCAUCUGCAGGAAGAAGCUGCCCAGAGGACAUUAUCACCCCAUUCACUUAUAACUGCACAGAACUACUGCUACUACUGUUCACCCUCAAUCCAAACUGCAGGGGGCGCUGUGCAACCAGCUGCAUUUAAGGCCUUACCCAUUGAUCUGUUCAAAAUGCAAAUGUUCAAAAUGCAUGUUCUGAUGAACCAAUGUGAAAAAUGACAAUGGUUUACAAGAUUUUCUUUCAACGUAAAGUAUUUAUUUCAAAUCUAGACUCAAAUAGAAAUUUUCUUUGAAAUCAACAAAAUAAAACUUUUUUUUUUCAUUCUGUGACACUGGCACUUUGUUCUGCGUCUCGAGAUCCUCAUGACGUUUUUCUCUCAAUUUUUUUUUUUUAAACCACAGCUUCAGUGAAAAUAUUUGUUUCAUGUUAAACUGCUUUGCCAUUUUUAUAA